ACAACAUAAAACAAAGGAACGAUAACAGAGGAAAGCAAGAAAGCAAGAAAGCAAGAAAGCAAGAAAGAGGCCACCGACCGAAACAGAGAAGUUUGUUUCUGGAAGGGAAUUUUUGGGCGAAAGGGAUACCAACAUAAAUCCUAAAUGGCAAAUCAGUCUUCUUCUUCAGCCUCUAUAAUUCUCUGUGCAUCUUUCAAUCAAGAUAACAGUUGCUUUGCCAUUGGAACUAGGGAUGGAUUCAGGAUAUUUGACUCCAAUACUGGGAAAGUUUUUUAUGAAAGAGCCAUUGGAGCUUUUAGCAUUGUUGAAAUGCGGUAUAAUUCAAGCCUUCUCGCCAUAGUAGGAGCGGGAGAGCAGGCAUCAUUGUCCCCACGUCGGCUCUGCUUGUUCAAUACUAUGACUGGAACUGCACUUAGAGAGCUAAAUUUCUUGACAUCAAUUCUUGCUGUUCGUGUAAAUCGGAAUAGGCUUGUUGUAGUUUUGCAAGAAAAGACAUACAUAUAUGAUUCGAACAGUCUUGUCAUCCUUGACACAAUUGAUACUGUGGCAAAUGCAAAAGUCUUUUCAGGGCUUUGUGCAUUUUCUCCUAGUUUGGAUAGUUGUUAUUUGGCUUUUCCAGCAAGUACGACAAAAGGAUCUGUGUUGGUAUAUAAUGUGAUGGAACUCCAUUCGCAUUGUGAGAUAGAUGCCCAUCGUUCACCAUUGGCAGCGAUUGUACUUUCUUCCAAUGGGAUGUACAUAGCAACGGCUUCUGAACAGGGAACCUUAAUCAGAGUUCAUCUGGUUUCACAGGCAACCAAGUCAUAUAGUUUUCGAAGAGGGACAUACCCAUCAACUAUAUAUUCCUUGUCGUUUGGACCAUCUACGGAACUUCCAGAUAUUCUUAUUGCUACAAGCUCUUCGGGUUCUAUUCAUGUGUUUUUUCUUGGAUUUAUCCUAGACCAGAGAAGCAAAAGAUCAAGCAGUCUUCUUGGAUCAAUGAUUCCAAACUCGAUAAAUGAUGCCUUUGAACCGGGCUAUCACGAUGUACUUCACAAUGCAAACCCAGCAGGAGUCAAAAGCUAUGCCAUGAUUCGCAGUAUAGACAAAGUUGCCAGCACAUCUAUGUCUCAAGUUGCUACCGCUAAAGCCUGCAUUUCAAUAAUCACAUACAACGGAUACUUUCAGGAGUACAGCUUAAGUUUUGACCAUCUAAAUGAACCUUUGUGGAGUUUGGAGCGUGAAUUCAAUUUAUUAACAGUAGUUCCAGAUAAUAUCAAUAACUCGUGAUCAUAUGAGAAACUAGCUUUGAACAUUCAUCAGUUCAACUGCAUUGAAGUGCACGAAGGACUGACAAAACGAAGUUGAUGAAGGGAACAUUUGUACAGAAUGGGCCAUAAGGUAAUCUGGUGGUUGGCAUACAAAAUGGAAGAAGGCUCCAAAUUUCCAAUUUUUUUUAAUUUGGGGGGGGGUGGGGGGGUGACAUCCAGCUUCCAGUUACUUGCCGAGGAAAAGAUCUGUAUAGUGAAAAGAUGGAGGCAUUAUUUAAUAAUUAUUUUUUUUGUA